CCACUAGUUACUUCUUCUGCGCACAACUGGCUGACACUGAUAGCCGAGACAAGCGUCAUCUGUAAACUGAGUUGUGAAGAAAGUCAAUUUAAAAAUGACAGAUGAAAAAGUCGGUUCACUGGAGGAAGAAGCUUUAAAGAGAAAGGAGCGACUUCAGGCGUUGAAGAGAAAAAAUGAAGAGACCAAGGAGAAUAAAAAGGAUAUGAUCGAAACGUUACCGAAGCCGAAAUUCCGAAGUUACAAGCCGCAGGAUGAAGGUUUGAAGAGUAACAUGAUAGAAGAUGCAAAACCCGGAGAUGUGGAAACCGUAGUUAAGGAACAAUUGGACGCGGCGAAGAGCAAAGUGGUUGUUGAGGAAUUAGAUAUAAGCAAUUUGGCGCCAAGAAAACCCGAUUGGGAUUUGAAGCGAGAUAUAGCAAAAAAAUUAGAGAUAUUAGAAAGGAGAACGCAGAAGGCGAUAGCGGAAGAAGUGAGAAUGCGUCUCAAACAGGGUCAACAAAAUCUAGCAGCUUACGUAAACGAGCCUGAGGGAUAAGCAAAUCUUCUAUAUCAAUAUGUGAAUAUUUUAUGAGAAAUUUAUAUUUGUAUAUGUGUACUUUUCUUAAAAUAUAUAUUUUCAAAAAUCA